AUGGCCGCCGAGAAAGAUCCCCAUAUGACCGCGGAGGAUGUCAUUGAACCGUCUGCUGAACGCGGUUCUAUUGAAAUUGCAGCCGAGGCAGCAGUGAAGGCAGUCAAAGCAGGACGUGCGAAAGAUGUCGACAUUGCUGCUCAGAUCAUUGCAGAGUAUGGUCCUGAAAUGGGAAGUCAGGGUUGGUCGCCCGAAGAAGAGAAGAAAUUGAUGCGAAAGGUUGACUGGAGGCUGAUUCCAAUUCUCUUUGUGUGCGCAACGCUCUCUGGCCUGGACAAAACAGCCAUCUCUGGAGCGGCUAUCUAUGGUCUAAAGGAGGACCUCAACCUACACGGCCAAGAUUAUUCCUGGUGUGGCUCGGCCCCGUUCUUCGGCGGUUUGGCAUUCAUGGGACCAGCAGCCUACUGCCUACAGAGACUACCGGCAGUGAAGUUCUUCGCGUUCAAUGUUUUCAUGUGGGGAGUCACAGCAAGCUGCAUGGCGGCAACGACAAGUUUCGGAGGGCUCUUCGUCUGCAGGUUCCUCUUAGGAGGCUUCGAGGCCCUCCUCAUUCCGGCAGUUACCCUGGUCGUCGCCAUGUGGUAUAAACCCGAGGAGCAACCCAAGAGGAACAGUAUUAUUCUCAACGUCAUUGCACCAAUCUUGAACGGCUUCAUCUCGUGGCUGGUGGGCUAUUAUAAAGGUCCUUUUGAGCCCUGGAAGAUCAUCUUUCUAGUUUUGGGGAUCUUUACCCUCUUGUGGUCUUUUGUCGUCUACUUCUUCUUGCCAAAUAACCCGUUGGAUGCUGACUGGCUCUCUGGGAGAGAAAAGUACAUCAUCAUCCAGCGCAAAGCUUCUGACAAUACUGGGGUUGAGUCAAAAGUGUUCAAGAAAGAGCAGGUUUUCGAAGCUGUCAUGGACAUUCGCACUUGGCUGAUCUGGUUCGCUAUUGUCGCACUGCAAGUCCCCAACGGCGGCCUCACCACGUUCAACACCCUGAUCAUCUCGGGAUUGGGAUUCGACUCUUUGCACACUUCGCUCCUGGCCAUGCCUCCUGGUGCCAUGUCGACUUUGUCAGGUAUCGCCUUGUCUUUCCUGGCUGCGACAACCAGGAAAUGGCGUACCGCCAUCAUUGCUGUCUCGAUCCUUUUGCCCCUGCUCGGGGCCGUUCUAUGUUACUCACUCCCCAGGACGAACUUGGCCGGACAACUUGUUGGACUAUAUAUCCUCUACACCUAUUGGGCGCCAUACGUGACGCUUGUGUCUGUGUACCAGGCCAACAUUGCAGGACAUACCAAGAAAACUGUUCUGUAUGCCUUCUAUUAUGUGGCUUGGGCGACAGGUAAUAUCAUCGGCCCCCAGACCUUUCGCGCAGAGCAGGCUCCGGCGUAUACCGGAGGCACGGUGGCUAUGAUUGUUUGCUACGUGGUUGCCAUUGUGUUGAUCGUGCUCUAUGGCUAUCUGUGCCACAGGAGCAAUCUUUCUCGGAAGGAGGAUAUCGAUCUCGCUAUGGGAGAUCAAGAUUGGCUUGAUAAGACAGACGGGGAAUUGAAAGGAUUCAAGUAUACCACUUGA